CUUUUAAAAGAUGGUGUGUCAGGCUAGCACUUGAAUAAAGGUGUUUGAGACCCAGUUGGUUGUCAACUGCUGUUAACCUGGUGGCUGCUGUUACUCUGAGUAUUGUCAUUUUGUUAGACUCUGGCAGUUCCUUUUUCCAGUCUGAUUUUUUUUUUUCAACUUAUGCUGUGUGCUAGGAAACUAGAUUAAUGGUUUUCAGUGUGUUUGGUGUACUUGGGCUUGCACUGAGCGAGACCCUCGAUGGCUGAGGUGUCUGUGGCUGUGUUUAGAUGGCUUGAGAGCUCUGCUUUGUGCAGCAGCUGCUUUUUCAGUGUCUGUUCCUGCCAGUCCUUUGAAUAGGCAGGAUUGUGGAACAACUUUGUUCAAGAUUGGAAAGUUACUAGUGCACCUGAACAGCCUUAGGAUCAGAAGUGUUUCAAAUUUGGGGGAUUUUGGGAGUUUUGGAGUACUAAACUGUGAGUUAAACAUUCCCUAACCACAAAAUCUGAAAUAUGAUUUGAUGAAAAACUUUCAGAUUUCUGGGUUAGCAGUGUUCUGCCUGUUUAGUAAAUGAUUUACGAAAGAAGCCUCAAGGAGCCCCUGUUGGGACAAAGAGUUUCCCAACCGCAUAACCUCUCAGAAGUGAAGGAAAGCAGUGUUCCCAGAACGCCCUGUUUCUGAGGAGGCGUAACCCCUGCUGUAGAGCUCAAUGCACUGUGUGUGACACUUAACCAAGCCAAUGUAUAAGCCUGUUGACCCCUACUCUCGGAUGCAGUCCACCUACAACUACAACAUGAGAGGAGGCGCUUAUCCCCCGAGGUACAUUUACCCAUUUCCCGUUCCACCUCUACUUUAUCAAGUUGAACUUUCUGUGGGUGGACAGCAAUUUAAUGGCAAAGGGAAGACGAGACAGGCUUCGAAACACGAUGCUGCUGCCAGAGCUCUGAGGAUCCUGCAGAAUGAGCCCCCAGGACCCGAGAGGCUGGAGAUGAAUGGAAGAGAAUCAGAAGAAGAGAACCUCAAUAAGUCGGAAAUAAGUCAAGUGUUUGAGAUUGCCCUUAAACGGAACUUGCCUGUGAAUUUUGAGUCUUUCCUUCCCACCCAGGUGGCUCGGGAGAGUGGCCCACCGCACAUGAGGAACUUUGUGACCAAGGUCUCAGUUGGCGAGUUCGUGGGGGAAGGUGAAGGGAAGAGCAAGAAGAUCUCCAAGAAGAAUGCUGCCAUUGCUGUUCUCGAGGAGCUGAAGAAGCUGCCACCACUGCCUGUGGCAGAGCGCGUGCGGCCCCGGAUCAAAAAGAAAACGAAGCCCCCAGGCAGGCUCCAGGCAAGCCCAGAGUAUGGGCAGGCGAUGAAUCCCAUCAGCAGACUGGCCCAGAUACAGCAGGCGAAGAAGGAGAGGGAGCCCGAGUACCAGCUGCUCACAGAGCGCGGCCUCCCGCGCCGCAGGGAGUUUGUAAUGCAGGUGAAAGUUGGAAACCACACGGCGGAAGGAACGGGCACCAACAAGAAGGUGGCCAAACGCAACGCCGCUGAAAACAUGCUGGAAAUCCUGGGCUUCAAAGUUCCACAGGCUCAGCCCGCGAAGCCAGCACUCAAGUCCGAGGAGAAGACACCAGUAAAGAAACCAGGGGAUGGAAGAAAAGUAACCUUUUUUGAACCAAGCGCUGGGGAUGAAAAUGGGACUAACAACAAAGAAGAUGAGUUCAGGAUGCCUUAUCUUAGUCAUCAACAGCUGCCUGCUGGAAUUCUUCCCAUGGUGCCCGAGGUCGCACAGGCUGUAGGAGUCAGCCAAGGACAUCACACCAAAGAUUUCUGCAGGGCAGCUCCAAAUCCUGCCAAGGCCACGGUAACUGCUAUGAUAGCCCGAGAAUUGUUGUAUGGGGGCACCUCGCCCACAGCCGAGACCAUGUUAAAGAAUAACAUCUCUUCAGGCCACGUACCCCAUGGACCUCUCACGAGACCCUCUGAGCAGCUGGACUAUCUUUCCAGAGUCCAGGGAUUCCAGGUUGAAUACAAAGACUUCCCCAAAAACAACAAGAACGAAUUUGUAUCUCUUAUCAAUUGCUCCUCUCAGCCGCCUCUGAUCAGUCACGGCAUCGGCAAGGAUGUGGAGUCCUGCCAUGACAUGGCUGCCCUGAACAUUUUAAAGUUACUGUCGGAGUUGGACCAGCAGAGCCCAGGGACACCGAGGACAAGCAACGGGCCAGUGUCUGUGUGUGGGAGGUGCUGAAGCUUUGUGGCAAUGAACCAUCACAAAAUCCCAACAUAUAUACUGAAAAUACUGAAACUGCUUUGAAAAUUUGGAAUUUCUGAUACCUCCAGUGGGCCGAGAGACAUAGUGGGUAAGAAUGUGGGCAGCGGUGAGGACAGCACAGUCCUGAGGAGGUGGCUGUGGCUGAGGUUGAGCGGUGUCUCCUGCAUAGCUGUGGGAAGGGCUCCGCCAGGGGCCGCAGCUCCCUGCUCCCUGUACUUCAGGGCUUGCUUUUGGUUGGGGAUUUUUUCCCCGUGUGUGUGGGAGAAGAAACAGGACGCAAGCCCCCUUCUCAAACUGGCUCACUCGACACUCGGGACAAACCCUGGACAACCACCCUGGAGACAGGCCUUUAACCGCCCCCGAGCGAAGAGCGCCUGAAAAAACCAGAUGCUUCCUUCCCAGCGCCACCUAGCCUUCCUAGCGUGCAUCUCCAUGCCGUAACCACUGCUCUGCACACUGACGCCUGUUCUUAGUUUCAUUAUUUUCUUUUGAUUGAUAUGACACUAUAUGAAAUUUUCAUUUGAGAGUUUCCUCGUUGUAUCUAGUUCUAUAGCACAGUUUAAGAAUUUGUCUGAGACUGACUGUAUCAGUAAUGUAACCGGCCAGGAUCACCCUGUGUGUCUGUGGUUCCGUGUUUGCUUUCAUUGGCCACGCCCAGGACCGUUUCACUGAAUGCAAACCGUCUGCCCUUUGCUGUGGCUGAGACAGUCUGACGUCUCGGACCUUGAUGACGUGUCCCGCAGUUGUAUAAAUUGGACGAUUUAGAAAUUUUAAACUUUAGAUGAUCAUUUUGUUCCUUUUCUAUUUUAUUUUUGUUAAUGCAACAGGACUUAAAUGAACUUUGAUCUUUGUUUUAAAGAUUAUUAAAAAAUUGUGUCUAUACGUGUGGCUCUUGGGACAUAGCUUGGUGACACUGCAGGGACACACAUACCUGCAGGUGCCUGGUACUGCGGAUUGCAUCUGCUGGAGGGCUGACUGGAGUGACCCGCGGGGGUGUGUACAGCUGUGUUGCUUUAGGUGUUGUGUUGCUACACGCAGAGAUGUGCGUGUGGUCCAGAUGAGAGCGUGGCAGCCUCGCCAGCCCAGGACCGCUUCCGUUCAUGUUUACGCUGGAAUGUUCUCUCCCCAUGGAAUGUAAGUAAACUUAGUGUUUGUCACCAAUAAAUGGUCGUACUAAAUUUCUUUUGUUAAUUUAUUCUCAAAUACCACUUCUGCCAGGUUGGACACCUCCCAACUCGGCUCCUACCCUUUUUUAUUUUUAAGAAAAAAGAUUUAUAAUGCUUGUGAUUUCAUCUGAACAGAAAUCUGAAGAACUGAAAUAACUUUAUAUCAAACUGUUGAUCAAUAAACAGCUACUAACGAA